UUUGACAUCAGAAAAUCAACUAUGAAUAUGAAAAGAGUUGAAUAUGAAUUUAACUCUGACCAUUCUCACUUCUAUUUCCUCCUUAUUGUUAUGUUACCUGUCUCUUUACACUCUCUCUCUUAUAAUUAUAAUUAAUAAUUCUGAUUAUCAUUUUAAUCACGCAGUAAUUGCAAUAAAUAGUUCAUAACCUUCAAUUAGUUUCACUACAGUUUUGUUCAGCUAUUUCAACAUGGUGAAGAGCAUCGGUAAGAAGCAGGAAACUCCCACACAAAAGGCUGUGUCCCUUCCCUGUCAAGACACAAUGCAACUGGCUGACGAAAUUUUGCAGAGGAUUAGCAAGGAAGUUAACCAAGCUGUCUCAGAGGCUUUCUCCUUCUUCCAAUCUGAAUUGGAUCGACUACAGGGUGAGAACAAUGAACUUCGGCAGAGGAUGGCAGCAAUUGAGAAGGAGACGGAAUUGAAAAUCGACGACCUUCAACAAUAUGGUCGCCGUACCUGCCUGCGAUUCUUUGGAAUUCCUGAAACCAAGGGGGAGUCCACCAACCAAAUUGUUCAGCGAGUCUGCAAGGAAAAGCUGAACGUGGAGUUGAAGAUCGACAACAUUCAUCGUACGCAUCGAGUGGGACCAAUCCAGUAGCCAGGUCAGGACACGGGCAGAGCAGCCGGCAAGGAGCGUGUUCGCAGCCAAGCGAAUGGUCAAGAACUCAGGGAUCACCGUAAGAGAGGAUCUGACGAAGCACCGGCUUGAACACUUGAAAGCAG